GAAAACGUCAAACAAACGCGAAAUUGUGGCCAUUUUAAUGAAAAUUUUCGUCUGUUUCGUGCUUCUUAAAAUAAUUGACAAUAUUAAUAAAAACAAUUAGUUGAACAGACAUAAAUAUGGCUCAUGAACGCUCGCCGACUGCUGAGGCGGAAAAAGAUGGGAAGGAAGGCAAAGAAUCAUCGGCAAAAGACGUGAAGCCAAAAGUAAGCUCGUCGUCAAAUUCGAACCGUGGCCGAGAACGUGAUCGUAGAAGACGUGGUUCCGCGUCCUCCAGCAGCGAUAGCAGUGGCAGUUCGUCAGAUAGCAGUUCGUCACGGAGUAGUUCAGGAUCUGGAUCACGUUCUAGUUCGUCUAGCUCCAGUGGCUCAUCUUCUUCGUCUUCAUCAUCUUCAAGCGAUUCUGAUCGCAGUGCAAACAAUCGACGCCGUGGUGCUGGAGGCAACUCUACCACAGCGCGUAAAAGUGGGUCGCGCUCGCCGCGUCGCUCAAAAUCACCUCGUGCCACUAGCAAGGUACGUAAGGCCAAUUCACGCUCCAAAGAUCGUGAGCGUGAACGCGACCGUGAUCGCAAUGAGCGCGAUCGUGAUAGAGACAGAGAGCGUAAUGAGCGUGACCGUCGGCGAUCACGUACCCGCUCACGAUCCAAGGAACGUGAUCGUGCACGCCGCACAUCGAACGAGCGUGGUGGUGGUGUUGGCGGCGGCGGCGGCGGAGAAGCAACAAAUGCCAAACGGGAACGUUCGAAAGAACGUGAUCGCGAUCGGCGGACCCGGUCACGCUCGGGAUCACGAUCCCCGCGUCGCAGAGGACGAAGUUCAGGCAGCCCGCAGGCAAAACGACGUGAUCGCACCCGCUCGCGGUCGGUCACUCCGAAGCCUACACGCAUUCAUGUUGGCAGAUUAACGCGCAACGUGACCAAAGAGCAUGUAGUAGAAAUUUUCAGUUGCUUUGGGGAGGUCAAAAACGUCGAGUUCCCCACGGAUCGCUAUCACCCUUCCUUUGGACGCGGCAUUGCAUAUGUUGAGUAUGGUACACCCGAGGAGUGCGAAGCGGCUAUGAAGCAAAUGGAUGGCGGCCAAAUUGACGGACAAGAAGUUACUGUAUCACCGGUACUAACACCUAAAAUACGUCCACCUGCCAGACGUCCCUCACCCAUAAUGCGACGUCCGGCUGGUCGCUGGCGUUCACCGCCGAUGUUCAACAGAUUCAAUAAUCGUGGAAGGCGGUCACCUCCCCGUGGAAGACGUUCACCACGCCGUCGAUCUCGUUCCCCUAUUCGUCGGCGUCGACGUAGCAAUAGCUCGGACAGUUCACGUUAACUAUGAUUGGCAACAAUAUGACAGAAAAGCGACCAAUGAAAGUUUUAAAGAAAAUACUAAACAGCAAAUCGAGAUAAAUCCAUUACUUGAUUAUAUCUUGUUCUACUUUUUAUUUAAGUUUAGUUACUUUGUAUUUUAGACCUAAUGAUAAUACAAAUAUUGAAAUCACGUACAUGCGAAAUUGUGGUAUUCAGCUUUGAAUUUCAAGAAUACAUGCAAACAAUUUUCUUAAACAUUAAAAAUUAUAUCAGAUUUCCACCUGCAACGUUAAUAACUUAAGGCGCUUUUAAAAAUGAAGUUAAUGCAGGAAAUGGAAAAUUGCUGCUAUAUACCAUUUGUAAAUGCAUAAGUCGUUUCUUAAAAAGUACAUCAGAUUUAUGUAUAUAGUAGACCAGGAGUUAAAACUUUGAUUAAAAACUUAUUUAAAUAAAA